UGCGGCGGCAUGGAGGGGGUAGAGGUGUACGGCUUCUCGGCCGCCAUGAGCGGCGCCUUCCUGCUCUCGUCGCUGCUCUUCGCCGCCGUCAACCGCCGCCUGCGGGAGCCCUACAUGGACGAGGUUUUCCACGUCCCGCAGGCGCAGGCCUACUGCCAAGGCCGCUUCCUGCAGUGGGAUCCCAUGAUCACCACCCCUCCGGGUCUGUAUCUGCUGUCGGUUGGUGUGGUGAAGCCAGCAGCCUGGCUCUUUGGCUGGACGGGCAGCGUGGUGUGUUCCACCGGCAUGCUCAGGUUCAUCAACCUCCUCAUCAGUGCUGGCAACUUCUACCUGCUGUACCUGCUUCUGCUGAAGAUCCAUCAGAAAAAUAAGGCUGUGUCAGGUUUCCAGAGAAUCUUGUCUUCGUUAACUCUUGCAACAUUUCCCACCCUUUAUUUUUUUACAUUCCUUUAUUAUACAGACACAGGAUCAGUAUUUUUUACUCUCUUUGCGUAUUUAAUGUGCCUUUAUGGUAACCAUAAAGCUUCAGCUCUGCUUGGAUUUUGUGCUUUCAUGUUUCGUCAGACAAAUAUCGUGUGGACAGUUUUUUGUGCUGGAAAUGUUGUUGCAGAAAAGCUAAAUGAAGCCUGGAAGACAGAGUUACUGAAAAAGAAGGAUGAAAGGAUCUCUUCCAUGAGAACAUCAUUUUCUGAUCUGACCUUAAUCACGCGAUUUCUUAUUGAAUAUCUCAUAUCUCCUAAAAACUUGAUUACACUUAUUGCUUUAACAUGGCCAUAUAUUGUGUUAGUAACUGCGUUCUUUGUUUUUGUCUUCGUCAAUGGUGGAAUAGUUGUUGGUGACAGAAGUAGCCAUGAAGCCUGCUUGCACUUUCCCCAGCUGUUCUAUUUUUUGUCCUUUACUCUCUUUUUUUCCUUCCCUCAUUUACUGACCCCUGCUAAAAUCAGGAAAUUCCUGCAGUCAUUGCGAAGGCACCGUGUGCAGUACAUGCUAAUCGCUGCCAUCUCUUUGUUCUUGAUUUGGAAGUUUACCUAUGUUCAUAAGUAUUUGCUAGCAGAUAAUAGACAUUACACAUUCUAUGUCUGGAGAAAAAUCUUCCAAAGACAUGAGCUUGUAAAAUAUGUGUUAGUUCCAGCCUAUAUAUUUGCUGGCUGGAGUUUUGUUGAUACAAUAAAAUCAAAAUCGAUAUUCUGGAUCUUAAUGUAUUUUGUAUGUUUAUUAUCAGUCACAGUUCCCCAAAAGCUGUUAGAGUUCCGUUACUUUAUUUUGCCAUUCUUAAUAUACAGGCUCAAUAUUCCAUUCCCACCCGUCUAUAGACAACUUGUUGAGUUGGCUUUUUACACUGUUGUGAAUGCAGUAACAUUUUAUCUUUUCCUAAACAAAACAUUCCAGUGGCCAAAUAGUGUAGAAAUCCAGAGGUUUAUGUGGUGACUUUUUUUAACCUUCGUACCCUUAUGGAAAUCCAAUUCUGUUUCAGAACUGUGGGCUCUGGAACAAAGUACCGUUUUGUAUUAUAUGUGGACUUUUUUUUUUUUUCUUCCCAGAGGACUGGAGAAGGAAUGAAGUUGCAUAUGUUCUUGGAAUUGAAUGGGAUGUGUUAUAAUGUGCAGAUACUGAAUUUCUGAACUCCUAGAAUUAACAAAUUUGGUAGGAGAUGAAAUUUGGGAACACUUAACAGUAAUUAAUGUGAAACAUGGGAGAUGUUUACAGUCAUUCUGUAGGUUUAUCUUUAAAACAGCAUGCUUAAGUGUUACGCUGGGAUGCACACUUGUUUGAAACAGGCUGCUUCCAUCUAUGCCUGCUAGAAGUCAAGGUAUGAAGCACUGCUCAAUGAUAACGUUUUCAAAAACACCUACAUCCUACAACCUACUGAAUUUUCUGGAUUUUUUUCUUUGGUCAAUAAAUGCUUACAUGAGUUUUGCAAACAGAAUGUUGGCUCUUUCAUCAUUAGGACGUUUUGGAAAUUCUAUUUCAAACUGAUAGUUAAAAAACACAGUGGAGGCUGCCUGCAUGUACAUUCUUUAGGGGAAUAAAUGUUACUGUACAACAAAAGAUAAAUUGCAGUUGAUAUUGUAACCUAUUAGAAGGGGAUUAAUUUACGUGUGUCAGACUGAAACGUGUUGUUGCACAAUGGAAUGCAGUACAAUGAAUGCCCCUUUAAAUAAUAGGGCUUUUAUGUCCCAAAGUUCUGUGUUCAGUUUAUAUCCAAGUAGGAUGUGAGUGCGCUUCCAGUUCCAAAUUGAACUCGGUGUUUCUAAGAUCUUUGACUUGUAAUCUUACACAAUUACUAAUGGCACUACUGAAUUGUUCUUUUAAGUGCUUUGCAUAAAUAUGCAAAUUUAAUGGAA